AUGCUUAAUGCCAUGGACAGGAAUGAGGUUUCACCGGCGUCUGCUGCCACCAUGAAGAAGAGGGCGGUGGGCGGCAGCGGGUGCAGCCACAUCAGCGCACCCAAGGCUGUCGCGUCCAAAUGCACGCGAAGCAACAGCAGCCACCACUGUCUGGACCCCGGUUCUUCCGGCGCACCGAGCGGUGAGCAGCCCGGUGCGGCCAGCAACGUCGUGAUGGACGAGACCGAGGACGGAGAAGAGGAGUCCAAGUUUCAGCAUCCGCGGUUGCGCCGAGCCGGGGGGAGCGGCAGUGGAGGAGGUGGAGGAGGAGGAGGAGGAGGAGGCAGUAUCAGGAUGAAGAACUUCACGCCAGGAGGGGGAGCCGCGUCCUCGGCUUCCAGGAGAAACUCAAACAAGGAGCCCUGCCUUACGCACACAGAGGACGCUCCUGCAGCCCCACGGCCCACUGCUGCCUCCAGAGCUACCGAGACCCAGACACCCUGUCCGGGCGAUGCUGCCCAGCGCGGCGAGACCAGCAGAGCAUCUGGGGCGGAGGCGUCGGAACCAGCGGUCGCGGUAGAGCUUUUAAACGCGACAGCGGGUGAUGUUUGCAACAGCGUCGCUCCAAUUUCCAGCAUGAAAUGCAACAAAAACGGAGAAUGCAGGAGGGACUCGGGUACCGGGAGCCUGCGCUCAAUCAUCUCCAAGCAGGAGAAGCAGACAGGAGGGUCGGGGAGGGCCGAGGACGGAGGGAGCGCCAAGCGAAGAGACUGUAACUCGACUACCGCCAGCAUGGACGGCUCGAUCACACCAGGCGGGUCCCUGACCGGGGGGCACGGAGGGGAGAGCACAAACCCCGGCGCUACCCCCGUGUCCAGCGGUGUCCCCGAGAAAAAGGACUCAAAGGUGUCCUUCUCUAACGCUCCGAGCAGGAAAGCCUCGUCCUCGCUGCACGGCCCGACUCAGACUCAGACCCAGCAGCCCAGGAACUCUGUCACUUUCCAGAAGCCGGAGGACGGUCCGCCAAUCGUGCCCGCCGAGGAUGCGGAACCUCGGGGCAGCCAAGCCAGCUUCAUGCAGCGGCAGUUUAGCAGCAUGCUGCAGCCUGGAGUUAACAAAUUCUCCUUACGCAUGUAUGGCAGCCAGAAAGCAGUGGAGAGGGAGCAGGAGAGAGUCAAAUCAGCUGGAAAUUGGAUUAUCCACCCGUACAGCGACUUCAGGUUCUACUGGGAUUUCACAAUGCUGCUGUUUAUGGUGGGCAACCUGAUCAUCAUCCCCGUGGGCAUCACCUUCUUCAAGGACGAGACCACUACGCCCUGGAUCAUCUUCAACGUGGUCUCAGACACCUUCUUCCUCAUGGACCUGGUGCUCAACUUUCGCACUGGAAUCAUCAUUGAGGACAACUCGGACAUCAUUUUGGACCCUAAAACCAUUAAAAAGAAGUACCUAAAGACUUGGUUCAUUGUGGACUUUAUCUCCUCCAUCCCAGUGGAUUACAUAUUCCUCAUAGUGGAGAAGGGAAUCGACUCGGAGGUGUACAAGACUGCUCGGGCCCUGAGGAUCGUCCGCUUUACCAAGAUCCUAAGUCUUCUGAGGCUGUUGAGGCUAUCCAGAUUAAUACGCUACAUUCACCAAUGGGAAGAGAUCUUCCAUAUGACCUAUGACCUGGCUAGUGCGGUGAUGCGGAUCUUUAACCUGAUUGGUAUGAUGCUGCUGUUGUGUCACUGGGACGGCUGUCUACAGUUCCUGGUUCCCAUGCUGCAGGACUUCCCCUCAGACUGCUGGGUGUCUCUAAACAAGAUGGAGAAUGAUACCUGGUCAGAGCUGUACUCCUUUGCUGUAUUCAAGGCAAUGAGCCACAUGCUUUGUAUUGGUUAUGGCCGGCAGGCCCCGGAAAGUCUGUCAGAUAUCUGGCUCACAAUGCUGAGUAUGAUUGUAGGAGCCACUUGCUAUGCUGUUUUUAUUGGCCAUGCAACAGCUCUCAUCCAGUCCCUGGACUCCUCCAGACGACAGUACCAGGAAAAGUACAAACAAGUGGAGCAGUAUAUGUCCUUCCACAAGCUGCCUGCCGACUUCAGACAGAAAAUCCAUGAUUAUUAUGAGCACAGAUAUCAGGGCAAGAUGUUCGAUGAGGAGAGCAUUCUGGGAGAACUCAGCGAGCCACUCAGAGAGGAAAUUGUCAACUUUAACUGUCGAAAGCUGGUGGCAUCCAUGCCGCUGUUUGCCAAUGCAGAGCCAAACUUUGUGACAGCCAUGUUGACCAAGCUGCGUUUUGAGGUAUUCCAGCCACAUGAUUACAUUAUAAGGGAGGGCACGAUUGGAAAGAAAAUGUACUUCAUCCAGCAUGGAGUCUGCAGCGUCAUCACCAAGGGCACCCUGGCAAUGAAACUCUCUGACGGCUCUUAUUUUGGAGAGAUCUGUUUAUUGACGAGGGGUCGCCGAACAGCCAGCGUGCGAGCAGAGACUUACUGUCGACUCUACUCUUUGUCUGUUGACCACUUCAAUGAGGUGCUGGAAGAAUAUCCUAUGAUGAGACGAGCCUUUGAGACUGUUGCCAUUGACCGUCUAGACCGCAUAGGUAAAAAGAACUCCAUCCUGAUGCACAAGGUUCAGCAUGAUCUCAACUCUGGUGUCUUCAACAACCGGGAGAAUGAGAUGAUCCAGGAGAUAGUCAAGUACGACCGUGAGAUGGUGAAGCUGGUGGACCUGCAGAGGCCGCGGGCCAUGUCUAUGACCCCUUCCAUUGGUGGUAUUUUUGCUCCCCCUGGUCAGCCCCAGACAGGCUCGGCUAUCGCUACCCUCCAGCAAGCUGUGGCCAUGAGCUUCUGUCCUCAGAUGGCGAGUCCGUUGGUGGGCCCGGGGACUCUGCAGUCUCCUCGUAUGGUGCGAAGGUUCCAGGUCAUGCAGAACCUCUCCAGCCCAGUUUCCAUGUCUCCUCUUCAGUCUCAACCACCUCAGACGUUUGGAGGGGCGUUUGGAUCUGCAGUCUCCAGCCCUCCUGUCCAAAGCCCGCUCGCAGCUUCAGGACGGACUUUCCAGUACAUGGCGAGCUCAGGACCCUCUGGGUCUCAGUUGUCCCUAGUACAGCACCAUGCACCCAGCCCCACACAGACCCAGCAGAGGCCUGCCUCACACAAGAGCACCCACUCCCUUCAUACAGGCAGCUUGAGCCAGGAUACCCGGGCCCUGUCUGCCUCCCAGCCUUCACUCCCCCAGGAGGGAACACCACAAGCUGCCUCUGCAGCCCCCAGCCCUCCGCCCUCCACCCGCACCUCCAACACCUCCAUCGGCCCCCCUCAGCCCCCUCACCCAGGACUGCCCGGGUCAUCAGGGGUGGGUAGAUCAGCAGGAGCUCAACAGAGGGUGGCCUUUGCCUCCACACCGCCUCCCGGUGGACCUGCUGGAAUGGGGGCAGUAGCAUCAGCUGCUGGAUCAGGACCUCCAGACUCUGGAGUUCCCAAGAAAGAUUCAAUUGUCAGCCUUCCAGAGCUAGACUCUGCCAGAUCCCGGCUGUCUUCCAACUUGUGACCCUGGUGGAGUUCAGGAAAGAGGCCUUUUUUGUAGGAGAAUCUGUUUGUUUUAGGUCAGUCCAGCUGAUCUGUCAGCUUGCUAAAUGACCAAUCAGCUACCGCCCUCGCCACCAGUCAUUUGACAUGGAUGCACUGUGUGCUGGUGUCAGCAGAAGGAAAAGAGCAACUCAGAGUCUUAAGACAUGUUGGCUAGGAGGAGUCUAUACAAUUAAACUAGUAUAACUUAAGGUUGAACUGGUCUAGUCUACUGUGCCAGCACCUUUAGUCUUAGUAUCACCCCUUACACUCUGCUUCCAAACACCUACUGUAUAUCGCUGUCUUUACUGUAAAGAUAUGAAGAAACGUAUGAUUAAUGUAACUAUUGCAUACUGUGUAGAAUCCAUGCAAUGCAAUCUAGCAGGAGCUGGACUUAAAAAUGAAAAUCAGGGACUUGAAGUCAAACGACAAUGACAUUUUAAGCGUUCAAAAAGUGUUUUGAGUGUAAUUUUUCUGUAUAAGCUGUCGUAGCAAAAGAACACAUUGCUCUUCAUAUUGUUUAAAAUAGUAGUGAAAAUAGUGUUUUAGACCGCUGGUCGAUCUUACAUCGAUGUGUAAAUAGUUGAUGAAAAAAGUAUGGAAGGAUAUUAUAAUCAUUGUAUCUACCCAAACCAAAGUUGAGCUUGAACACAAAGUCUGGUUGUGUCUGUAUCAACUAAAAAAGAAUCAUAGAAGAAAAUGCCAUUUAUUUAACUGCCUUGAUUCAACGUUAGAAGCCAUAUAUUUGGUUUGUGUGUAUGUAUAUAUGUGGGUGUAAGUUUGUGUGUGUGAGUUUGUUGGUACGUUUCGGUUCUAUUUGCUGAGAAUGGACUCUCAUACUCUCUACACUGCUUUGUCAAGCGUGAUUGGUUUGAUAUGCUGACAGUAGCACUGGCCUGCUUUCGUGAAACAUCUGGGAGGUGGUCAGCUGUUUGGUCAGCACACUGAUUGUAACCCUGAAGGCAAAGGUGGUUAAAUAAUCUGAGCUUUAUCAAAAGCAAACAUUUGUGAACAACCCAUACUGUAUACUUGCUUGUUUUUGUCUAGGUUUAUUGAUUAACACAUGCAAUAUAAUUCUGCAAUACUCUACCCCGCCUAUAUAUAAAAAUAUAUGAAUAUAAAUAUCUAAACAUAUGCUGUACAGGAAAGUGAACUUCUUUCUUUUUCCUUUUGUUUACUCUUUAAUGUGAAAUCUUAAAGAAUCCAGCAGCUAUUGUGGCUUCACUUGAGGUAUUGUAAUCCAGUGACCAUUUUGUUACCUGAACCAAAAAUGUUUGUGGGAAUGGGAGGACGUGCAGUGUCAGUUUUGUUAAAACAGACAGGACAAACUGAUUAAAACUGGUUUAGAUAUAAAGAUAUAUUUGGGAGGACUUCACACUUUGAGUUUAGCAAUUCAGAUCCACAAAAACAUCACUUUAAAGCCCAUUUGAAGAUAUUCAAUUGUAAAAUGAAUUGGGGAUUUGGGAUGGGCAAUAUGGGGCAAGAAUGCUUCAGUUGGCCCAUAUCGAAGUCUCUAUGUGCCCCACAUCACCCAAAGCUCCCACGAAUGUCUCAACAUUUAGAUCCACAAAAACCUCACUGUUCAAAUUUUGGGAUUGGGUUGAGGCUUUAGUUAUAUUUAUUCUAAAUAUUCUGAUCCUGUUGAACCUAAAAGCCUCUCUUGCUGAAUGUAUGCCAUACGAGAAGGAAGACAGCUAAUCAGAUAUAAACUGCCAUGUAAAUAAAGGGACAGAGAUUUAACGAAGCUUUUAUGAUGCAAGGGGGUUGUGGGCAUUGCUGUGUGUUUCUGAGUGUCUGUGUACAAUCUUUUUAGUUUCGAUGAUGCUUCUCUGGGUUGAACGUUGCUGUAUUUAACCUGUAUGCUAACCCCAGUACAACUCAUCCCCAGCUCUAACACGAGAGGAUACAUUUUUUUUUAGUUCAUUUAUUGAGGUGGGUGUGAACAAGAGGCAGUCGAAAUGACUUUGAGCUCCUCGGUCCAAAGCGAGCACUGAGGACAUCCAUUUAAGCACCUUGUGUUGCACUAGGACCUUGUAAUCGAAAUGAAAAUCAAUGCGCUAUUCUCUUAAAACGGUUGCAGUACUUCUCCUGGACCCAUUAUCUGGUUAAACAUUGAAGAUGAAAAGUGAAUCCAAUUGGAAUAGAAAAUAGGCAGCUGAUUCAAUGUGUUAAACAAACACUGCAUCCAACUUUUCAGCUCUGAGCAUCGAUCCAGAGCCAAACUGUAAAAUCGUUGCAAUGGACAUUUCACUCAGGUUUGAUACCUUUCCAGAGAGAUGUAUUGAUUACCGCAGCAUGGCUUCCCAUUGAUUUUUGUAGAUUUGUCUAUCCACCCAUAAUCAACUUGUUGAUUUAACCAUGCUGAAGGAUUCCCCUUGAAUUUUGAUUGGCCGAGAAAAACAAGGCGGCUCUAGAGGCGAUUGUUAUUAGCGUAACUUGCUGCCAUUUUGUCCUCACCACUUCUCCUUAGAGCUGUUCUAAAUCUUGAAACAUGGUGUAGGUGAUUGUUUUUAUUCAAGGGCUUCAUUAUAUGGCUUGUAAUCCCUGGUUUAUUGUUAUUGUAGAGCGGCCACAUUUUCACUCUCUGUUUGAUCAGUAACAUGCACUAAACCUCGUUCUUUGUCAUACCUGGGUCACAGUGCUGCGACCCGCUUCAUCGGCAACACAGGAACUUUGUAUUGCUUUUUUCCUAUGGGAAAGGUACAUGCCAAAAUGCCAAUACGAUUGUGAAUGAACCAAGUACGUUUCAGUCAAUAGUUGUUGUGUGCUUCAAUACUGUUCCAGUGCAAUCAGUUGGUCCUCUUCCCUGUUCCUUUGUGCUAAUACCAGAGUUUGCCCUAUUAAGCUGCUAUCAGGACUGUGCUGAUAUUAUAUGAAUGAGUCCACAGUGAGUGAGAGCAAGAUGGAAGGAGAGUUAAAGAGCUAAUGUUUCACAUAAUAUCAGGCACCGUCUCUGUUUCAUUGCAUCCAUCCAAUAAGAUACUGUAGUGUGUAACUCACUCCCACUCAAAGGAUGGCAUCCCAGACACUUUGAUCAGCACUGCUCUGUUUGAACCCUCAGCUAUGAGGUUGAUACAGCCCUGGCCAAGCACAUACUUCUGUCAGUUAUCUGUUUUGUGUCUGUGUCACAACUGUGUUCAGUCAGCUGGCUUCCAGCCACCGCUGACAUGUUGUGUGUGUGUGUGUGUGUGUGUGUGUGUGUGUGUGUGUGUGUCUGUGUGUGUGUGUGUGUGAUAUAGCGCUGCAUAUGCCUGAUGACUGGGGGUUCAAAGUGGGAUUGUUUGAUGGGUCUUCUUCUGGACCUUGCUGUGAAGUGGGAUUGAAAUCCCUCAUACAUGUUUGACACUGACUGACAAUUAUUGAGAGCAUCUAAGUUUCAAACAUCUCAUUCUUGCUGUACCAGAUAUUAAGGGUACUGAAUGCCUUGGUGUUGAUAUGUUAGCAAAUCAGGGUAUUAUUUUGGUUGUAAAAGUGUCUCUGAUUUAUCGGUAUAUUUUGUUUGGUUAUUGUUUUUACAAUGUGCCCCAUGCACACGGACUGUAUAUACCUUGUGCCUAGUAUAUCUAGUUUCCACAUAGUCUAUUUUUGUGGUAUGUAUGUGCCUGUAAAAAUGCAAAUAUGUGUUUUUAUUUUCAACUUGCAAUAUAUGUAAAAAUGUUAGAUGAAGAUUGGUAUUGCUGAAUUAAAAUGACAAUGUCAGUAUUUAUAAUUUUCCCUGAUUUGGGAAACACAAAAUUGCACAUUUUUGUUGGUUCGAGCCUUCCAACUCCAUGCGCGCUGUACUCUGUACUUUCAUCUUCUGUACAUAUGGUAUACACAGAGAUGUGGGGCACAUUGUUGUGUUUUUACCACAACCUGCUGUAUGAGUAACAUUUUCUACAGUGAGAGGGUGAGCUCUGCCAGGCUUCUGGUGGAUAUGGGCAGUCUAGACGUUAGCUUAGAUUACCUGCUUGCUGGACAGAGCCAAACACGACAAAGAAAACAAUGACUUAAACUGUGGAGAUGCCUGGACAAUAACAAUACAGAAACGAAACUAGGCUGGGCACAUGCUGGAAAAUCUUUCUCAAACUAUACUGUUGCACAGUUCUUUAAACUCUGAUGCUGGUUGCACACUGAUCUGAUGUUUGCUAUUUUAAAAAGAGAUCCCUCCAAGCAGUCACGAGCUCGACUCCCGGUUGAGUUACCUUGACAGAUAAUAGCAGAGUGCAUGCUUGUAUUUUUCUUAUCUAAGCAGAGUUCUAUGUACAAUUUUUAGUGGGACCUUCAAAUCUAGACAUUGUCGUGUACCAACUACUGUACAAUGAUUUUAUUUAGUCUAACAGUUAAAACCUUUGUGUCGUAGCUACUGUAGCCUGCUUAGCUUACCUAAGCCUUCUCUCUGCUUCAGGACUCUGUGUAUUGUGUGCUUGAGUUUGUGUGUGCGUGUGUGUCUUCCUGUGCCUUUCCUUCUAUAAUGUUGGUCCCACUUGAGAAUAUGAUGCCAUUUAGGGGUUUGAAACCCACGUGAAGCUAAAAGAGCUGCCAGCACAAGCUGGAAAGUGUUACAUGGUCAGGACUCCAUUUAUUCUAAAAAAACAAAACAAACAAAAACAAACAAAAACAAAAAAUAAACAAAAAAAAAAUCUCAAACAAAACACUGUAAUGCUCCUAGAAAUGACUCUGGCACAUCCCUAGACUUAGUGGCAUUCCACAGCCUGCACGAGCAGCCCGGUGUGGGCAUCCAGACACACUUUACCAGCACCAUGUAGACAACAGCACAGAUAUCUGACACAGCAUGUGCUCUCUCUCUCUCUGGAGGCCAGUCUGCAACCAUCUCAGGCUGUGCUUGGCUUCUGCUCUUAACAAAAAGGUUCAAGUAUGUCAGAACUCCAGCUCUGUCUAAGUUGAUGUCUACAAUCCAGGGGCGAAUCAGCACCCAGCCCGAGCCACAGCACUUCCAAAUGGAUCUCAAAGGAUCAGGUGGAUACUUGGGAUGCUGGUGACAUUUGUCGCCGUCCAGUCUUUUCCGACUGUGAUGCCCAGCUGGCGGUGAGGGCACGGGGCUGAUUUGAACCUGCAUCCCAGAGGCUGUCUUGUCCACCACCUCUGCUGGCCGAGAACACAGAGCCACACCCUGGUCUCUCUCAAUAAGCUGGUCUGUCAGUCAGUGGCAAUGUUGUUUAAGCG